GUCUGGGGAAGGUGGCGAGAGACCAAACAGGUUACGUUGCGCGCAUGAACGAGGCUUGAAGGCACACGCUGUCAAACUUUGUUGCCGGGCGCGAGGGGUGCUGCAGAGCUUCUAGAAGAUGCGACCUGAAACCACUGAAGAAACUGACAGGAAAGCUGAACAGGUUGAAGCUACAGGGCGACGUCCCAGCGGCCUGGCUCUAAUUGCGAGGGAUGAACGAGCUGCAUGAGGACGCCGGCGAUCAGGCAGGCGAGCGCAAUAGCCAUUGCAGGAACCGAAACAGCGAUAUCCAUGAAUAAUUCCUCCCAAAGCCUCGGGCCGUUGAUAUGCUGGGUUACGGAGUUGCAGAGCGGGCGGCUGCCUCAGGCACAGAAGAGGAGCGGCGCGGGCGCAGUAACGCUCAAAUGCCGCCCAGGCGUCAUCGGAAGCGUAAACUUUCAGAAGCAGAUGCAUCGAGAACGUCGAGAAGCCACCGGAGGCCAUGCCUGGUGCCAGCGGGUUCGUCCCGUGACGUGGAAGCGAAGGGUGAGGUUCCUGGGCUUGCCGACCGCCCGAAACGCUCCCCGCUUCAACACCCACAUCACCCGGCAGCGCACCCGCCGUCUCCUGGCUCGCGCACCCCUAUUCUGCGAGCUUCCUGGCGGCCAUCACCCAAGCACGCUCCCAACACCAUCACAGUUCACUGCGCGCUGGCCACCGGCGCUCCAACGCGGCCGCAAUGUCCCUUUCUUCGCUCAUGCAUAGCCGCGGCCUCUAUUGGCAUGGCGACGUAGCAAUCUGUGCUCCCAUGGCGAGCUUUGUGACACCUCCCCGCCAGGGACGCGUGAGCUGCGCCGUCCUUCACUCUCCCUUUCAAUCACACGAGGCGCAAUCCGACCCGACGAGGUGACACGGCGCAGCUUUGGCUCGGCAGCAACCGACAGCCCUCCCUUGCCGCCCCCUCCACCUGUAUGCUGCUAUACUUGUCCGCGUUUGCACUCUUUACUUAGUCGAU